GCCCUAUAAACACAAGAGUGUUCCCUCAUCCCCUCCUGAAAGGUUCUGGUGUUGUGGACCUGUCUCUACACUGCAGCUGAGACUUUCUACCAUGAAACUCUUCUGCUUCAUGGCUCUCCUCCUUUUCCUCCUCCAGGCUGUUCCAGGUCUUGGCUUGCCCAAAGACACCUUACGUUGUGUUGGAUACCACGGUUUUUGCUUCCGAUCAAAAUCAUGCCCAGCACCAUUUGCUGCAUUUGGAACGUGCUCUCAGCGUCAGAAAACCUGCUGCAUAGACACGACAUCAGAUUUCCAUACUUGUCAAGAUGAGGGGGGUCAUUGCGUACCUCCAGAAAUCAACUGCCUGGAAGAGCAAGUGGGACUUUGUCCUCACAGAGAAUGGAAGUGCUGCACAGAAGUGUAAUGGAGACCUCAUGGAAUUGUAGAAAACCACAGAAAUGCAUGGCCAAGAAAACAAAUAAGUGCUCUUCCUAGUGACGUAGAGAAGAUGCCUGGUGUUCUCAACAUGCAAAGUGUAUAAUUAACUAGAGGUGACAUGUUUCUUUAUGUAACAAAGACAAUAAAUACUAGAUAAACAGGUA